AUGAAUUUACAAAAUUUACCUUUAGAUUUACUUGAAGUAAUAAUAAAUGAUAAAUUACAAUUAAUACUGUCAAAUCCAGUUGAUUAUCAAAACUCAUUAACAUCAUUAUCAAAUACUUCAUUAUUAUUUAAUCAAUUAUCAAAUUUAAAAUUAUAUUCAAAUAUUACAUUUUAUGACGAUGAUAAUAAAUUAAUUAUAACACAUGAAAAUAAUAGAACUUUUAUUCAUAUUAAUCAAUUCAAUUCAUUUGUUAAUUCAUUAACUUUAAAUAAUUUCCUCAAAAUUAAAUCAAUUCAUAUUAAUUGUAAAUCAAAUUUUAAUAAAUUUGAAUAUAAUCAAUUAUACACUAAAUUAAAUAGAUUUUGGAAUAUAAUUCAUCAUUCAAUAGAAAUUAUUAAUUUUGAUAUUGAUAAUAUUCGAAAAAAUCAAACUAUAUUACAACAUUUAACUAAACAUAAUUACUACAAAAUUGUAGAAGAAAAUGAUGAAAUUGAUUAUAAUUUAAAUACAAAAAGUUCAAAAUUAUAUAAUUUGAAAAAUUGGUCAAUUUUAAAUUUACAAGAAUUAAAUUCAUUACCAAUUAAUAAUAAUUAUAAUCUCAAGGCUUUAGAUUUUUUUAUUGAAAUUAUAAUAGGGGAUGAAUCAACACCUAACCACAAGAUCAAUUUACCAGAAUUAGAACAAUUAAAUCUUAACACAAGUUUAUCAACAAUAGCAUUUCAUUCAUUAGAUUUAAAUUUACCAAAUCUCAAUAAAUUUUCAUUAUCAUAUUCACAUACAUUUAAUAGACCACCAAUUGAUUUUAAUCAGCUCGCCUCAAAAAUUAAUUUUGAAAAUUUGCUUGAGUUAGAAGUGAAAUUAAAUUGUUGUCAUUCUGAUUGUUCAUGUAUUAAUCAAUUUUAUAAAGAAUUAUCAAAUAAUAGUGAUGCAUUAACAAAAUUGAAAAAAAUUAGUAUUAUCAAUUAUAAUUCUAAAAAUCAAACAAGUAAUUUAGAGCAAUAUACUUAUUUAAUCAACAACCAACUCAAUCCAUUAUUUACAAAAUUCAACAAAAUCGAAUCAUUUUAUAUAAAUAUCAAUGAAUUUAUUAAGAACGAUAGAUGUAAAAUCGAUUGGAAAAAUUUUACAAAAUCUACUAGUUUAUUACCAUCAUUAACAGAUUUAGUAAUUGUUGAUUUUUAUAAUUGGUGGUUACCUACAAUACAAUUAACAAGACAUUCAUUAAUUAAUACAUGUAAUUGUUCUGAAUGUCACUACUUAAAAUCAAAUUUUCAAAAAUUAGCUAAUUACGAUGAACAUAAUAAUUUUACUCAUAAUUUUAAAAAUUUUAAACAAACACAAGAACAAGAAUUAUUUUCAAAUAAUAUAGAUUUAGGUAAAAAAUCAAAUUCUAAAUUUUUAUCAUAUAUAUUAAAUAAUUUUAAAACUCAAUUUAAUCAAUCUAUAAUUUAUUCACUGUCAAUUUCAAAUUAUAGACAUAACUCAAAAAUUUUAUUUUAUGAAGAGUUUAAAUCUUUGUUGAAGCAUAAUUUAUUGAAUGAGUAUAUUAAUUUUUUAAGAAAUGGGAAAGAGGUGUUGGUUAUUAAUUUAGGUGGUGUUUUAGUUUAA